AUGCAAUCCAGCGAACUUGAGCUCUGCCUCAUCUGCCGCAAAAUCAACACCGAUCCUGAUCGACGCCCAACAGUCGGACUACCUUUCAUCAUCUGCUCAGAAUGCUACACAGAGCAUUCUUCCAAGCUUGGUCAUGACAACUUUGACUAUUUCAAAGACGUCGCUGCCAUUACUCCACUGGUCAUCCAUGACGAACCACCUGCUGCAUCACCGAAAACGCUAGCGAAAGAGGACGAGAGUCGUCAAGCUCGAGCAACUUUGGAAUGCAGUGAUGAGUGUUCUAGUGGAAUUGACCAGGGUGGAAAUGAUGAGCUGACGCUUCCGAUCAUCGACGAAGAGCCAUUUUUCGUUGAAUUUACAGAUUUGCUGACGAAACACGAUGACAGUUGUCAAGCUGGAGCACUUUUGGAAUGCGAUAUUGAUGGUUCUAGAGACGACCAAGAGAAGUCUGAUAAAAUACCCAGGAUUGAAAUAACACUGGUCGAUGAUGACAUUGACGAGACGACAUUCGAAGACUUCUGGAUUCCAAUGGUAGAUGAGUUAGAUGAGCUACAGGAAAUCUCCACAGUCCGCCCUCCAACAAGGAGAUCGGAAAGAGAAGAUUCUCCUCCAUCAGUAGUAAGCGAGACAGACUCAGAAUCCGGUGCUGACGGCGCAGUUGAUGUCAUCGCUCUUCAAAACCCAGCUGAGGAUCUUGAUACCGUAACUCAGAUCCUAGUAACUCAUCAACCAGAAGUCUCUGUUGACUACGAAUGUAGAAUUGCAGCCCGGUAUCAAUCGAUGCUCAAGGAGCAUAGGCCGCAGCUGAAGAAGAAAAGAGGUCGAGCCUCACUAAAGAUAGGUAUUCCUACCCCUCAGAGCGAAGAGAUUGUUGCUAGCGAAGAGCCGGUACCAAGCGAGACUUCUCUUGAAGCUCUCCCGCAAGGCAAGAAACCAUCUUCCGUUUCUCGGUCUCUACCAGCUAAACCUAUUAGACCACCUCUAAAGAAGAGAUCAGCUACCUCUACCUCAACUCAACCAAACAGGCCAACCACUUCCACACCCACCGAGCUGAAAACUCUCACUCUCCCACCCUCCAAGAGCCCAGCCGUCUCUCCAUCCACCGAGCUCAAAACCCCAACAUCAACUCCUGCUCCACCGAAGAGUCCGAUAACAUCAGUAAGACCAACCCGCGCCUUCACCCUCCGCCAACAAGCAGCAUAUCUUCUUCAACACGCAGAUGAGCCGCGUGGACCGAAACCAGUUGGCCCAAAACCACUUAAAUCAAGUAGGUUGCCCAGGGCAAAGGGUAGGAAGAAGAAGAUCCAGUUUGUGAAGACAAAUUUGGGGCGGAUUGAUGAGGAGGUGAAGGAGGAGGUGCAGAUGGAGGUUGUAGAGGAGGAGGAAGAGAGGGGAAGGAGGAGGACGAGGGAUUAG